GCUUUGGCAUAUGAAUCUGAAAUAUAUGAAUGCUUAGACUUUUUCCCAAAAAUAUAUGAUGUAGAAAUAUAAUUAUAAGGCUUUAAUGAACAUUAACAUAUUCACACUAUAAACUUAAAAUAAGAUUCACUAAAAGACUAAAAUAUGAAAACGAUAGUAUUAUUACAUGGAUAUGGAAAUACAAGUUUAAGCUAUUAUAAAAUGAUAAAAGAUCUAAGCUUUAAAUUCGAUACAUAUGCAUUAGAUUUACUAGGAAUGGGAUUAUCAUCUCGUCCUAAAUAUGAAAUAAACGAUAUAAAAGAAACAAUAGAAUUUUUUGUUGAAUCAUUAGAACUUUGGAGAUAAAAAAUAAAAAAAUAAGAUAAAUUGGUUUUAGUAGGUCAUUCUUUUGGAGGUUAUAUGGCAUUAAAUUAUGCUCUGAAAUAUCCUUAAAAUGUAGAAAACCUAAUAUUAUUAUCACCUAUGGGAGCAACUAAAAAAUCUGAAAAGGAAAAUUAAUAAUUUGAAAAAGAAACAAAAGAAAAACUAACAUUUUACCAAAAAAUAGGGUAUAUUGUUUUCUAAAAUAUGUGGGAAAAAAAACAAUCAUUUUAUGAUAUAUAUAAUUAAUGGUACUAUCCAAGAGAACAUUAAAUGGUUCAUUUAAAUGCUGAAUAAAUAACAGAGUAUAUACUAAAAAAUGUUUGA